AUGACAUCUUCUGACAAUAACCUCAAGCCGGAGGUUUCCGUCGUCGACGAGAAGCAGCCUCAUGGCCAGGUUCACCAGGUCCAGGCCGCUUCGGUCGCUCUCGCGGCAGCUGUCGCAGAGCAGAAGCCGAACCUUCUCUCGUCCAACAUGAUUAAACUGUAUGGCAUCAUGGCAAUUGGUUACCGCUCGCUCAUGGGUGCCAUCAACGCCAUGCCAUCGUAUCAGAACGAUUUCGGACUGACCGGCGGUGGAUCUACAACCGGUAUCAUCUUUAUCAUUUAUAACCUUGGCCAGAUUGCCAGCUUUCCCUUCUGUGGUUUUUUGGCCGAUGGUUACGGUCGUCGAAUCUGCAUCUUCAUCGGAUGUCUUAUUGUCCUCAUCGGAACUGCCGUUCAGGGUACCGCCAACCACUUGCCUCAAUUCAUCGGUGGCAGGUUUGUCCUCGGGUUCGGUGCUAGUAUUGCCUCGGCCGCCGGCCCUGCCUAUACUGUCGAGCUGGCGCACCCGGCGUAUCGUGGAACAAUGGCUGGAAUGUACAACAACUUUUGGUGGUUGGGAAACAUUCUGGCUGGGUGGACAACCUACGGAUCGCUUGAGAAUUACAAGCAGAGCAGCUGGGCGUGGCGUAUUCCCACCGUUGUCCAGGCUGGUAUGCCUGCUGUUGUCAUGUGUCUGAUCAUGUUCUUCCCCGAAUCCCCCCGUUGGUUAAUUCACAAGGACCGAGCUGAGGAAGGUCUCGCUAUCUUCGCCAAGUACCACGGUGACGGCGACGCGAACUCCCCCUUGGUUCAGCUGCAGUACCGUGAGAUUGUGGAGGAGGCCCAGAUAACACGCAAUGACAAUCCUUGGUGGGACUUCCGCGAGCUGGUCAACACCCGCGCUGCCCGUUACAGACUGGCCAUGGUCAUCGGCAUGUCGUUCUUCGGCCAAUGGAGUGGAAACAACGUUGUCAGCUAUUUCAUGCCCGAAAUGAUCAAGUCUGCCGGAAUUCACGACGAGAGCAAGCAACUCCUGAUCAACGCUAUCAACCCCAUCUUCAGCAUGAUAGCUGCCGUAUAUGGCGCAACUCUACUGGACAAGCUUGGUCGCCGCCCUAUGAUGCUCUUCGGCCUGAUGGGUGCGCUUGUCUUCUACUGUAUGCUGACUGCAUUCACUGCCUCGACCUCGAGCAACCCGAACCUUGCCUACGGAACCAUUGUUUCGAUCUACCUUUUCGGCAUCUGCUUUGCGUGGGGUUUCACGCCUCUUCAGACCCUCUAUGCUGUCGAAUGUUUGGAGAACCGCACGCGUGCUAAGGGUUCUGGUCUUAACUUCCUCUUCCUGAACAUUGCCAUGGUUGUCAACACCUACGGUAUCUCUGUUGGCAUGCAAGCGAUCGGCUGGAAGCUGUACCUGGUCUACAUUGGCUGGAUCGUGGUUGAGAUCGUCGUCAUCUACUUCUUCUUCGUCGAAACCGCUGGCAAGACCUUGGAGGAGUUGGGAGAGAUCUUUGAGGCCCCCAACCCGAGAAAGGCAAGCACCCAGAAGGUCAAGGUUGAUAUUGAUGACUCGGGUCGUGUCCUGCAUGUCGAUGACUCUACCAGGGGUCAGGCUUGA